AUGACUCCGAACUCAGUCGUGCUGACAAUUCAGAAGCCCAACAACUUCUCCCUGGUGGAGAUCAGUGGCCCUGACUCGACCCUCUUGCUCGAGCCGAAGAAGGCCGCUAGCCCCAAGCAGUUCACAUGGCUCCUCUUCCUCAGAGCCUACAGGGCUCUCACCUGUGUUUCGUGGCUCGCCACGGCCUCGAGGGCUGUCCUCCGCUCGAUACGGAAGAGAAUCGCCCAGUCCGAUCUCAAUGAGGAAGAGCCCCAAGGCAGGGCUGGGUCCAAGCUGUACAAAUUCAUCAAGGUCUUCCUCUUCAUUGCAAUCUUUGGGUUGGUGUUAGAAGUCAUUGCCCAUUUCAGGAAAUGGAACCUCUACAUGAUUCAGCCUUCCGAGGUCGAGGGCCUCCUGCAUUCGUCCUACAUGGCCUGGCUCUCUUUCCGGGCCGAUUACAUCUCUCCAUUGGUGAUGAGGCUUUCGGAAUUCUGCGUCGUGUUGUUCUUGAUACAGUCCCUCGAUAGGCUAGUCCUCUGUUUGGGAUGUUUCUACAUCAAAUACAAGAAGGUGAAGCCUGUGAUUGCCGACGAUGGUGGUCUCGACCUCGAGGACCUGACGAGCUUUCCUAUGGUUCUUGUUCAGAUACCAAUGUGCAAUGAGAGAGAGGUGUAUGCACAGUCAAUUGCAGCAGCGUGUGAGCUUGACUGGCCAAAGGAUCGCAUCUUGAUCCAAGUUCUAGAUGAUUCUGAUGAUGGAAAUUUGCAGCAGCUCAUCAAGGAGGAAGUGUUCUCAUGGCGCCAGAUGGGGGUCAACAUAAUCUACAGGCAUCGGUUGAUCAGAACGGGAUACAAAGCGGGCAAUCUCAAAUCUGCCAUGUCUUGUGACUAUGUGAAAGAUUAUGAAUUCGUGGCAAUCUUCGAUGCAGAUUUCCAGCCCAAUCCCGACUUUCUAAAACUCACUGUUCCUCACUUCAAGGGCAAUCCUGAUGUGGGCUUGGUCCAAGCUCGGUGGUCGUUCGUUAACAAAGAUGAGAAUUUGCUCACGAGGCUGCAGAACAUCAACCUCUGCUUUCACUUUGAGGUGGAGCAGCAGGUUAAUGGUGUUUUCCUAAACUUCUUUGGGUUCAAUGGCACAGCUGGUGUUUGGAGGAUCAAGGCGCUGGAGGAAUCGGGAGGGUGGCUGGAGAGGACCACGGUCGAGGACAUGGAUAUUGCUGUCCGCGCUCACUUGAAUGGGUGGAAGUUUGUGUUUCUCAAUGAUGUUCGCGUCCUCUGUGAACUGCCCGAAUCCUAUGAGGCAUACAAGAAGCAGCAGCACCGCUGGCACUCGGGUCCCAUGCAGCUCUUCCGACUGUGCCUUCCCGAUAUCAUAACUUCAAAGAUAUCAGCGUGGAAGAAGGCCAACAUGAUCUUCCUCUUCUUUCUGCUGAGAAAACUGAUCCUGCCGUUCUAUUCGUUCACCCUGUUCUGCAUCAUACUCCCGUUAACAAUGUUUAUUCCCGAGGCCGAACUGCCCAUCUGGGUGAUCUGUUACGUGCCUAUCUUCAUGUCAUUCCUAAAUAUUCUUCCGGCCCUGAAAUCCGUUCCUUUCUUGGUCCCUUACCUUCUGUUCGAGAACACAAUGUCAGUAACCAAAUUCAAUGCCAUGAUUUCGGGACUAUUCCAGCUCGGGAGUGCUUAUGAGUGGGUGGUCACAAAGAAAACCGGCCGGUCAUCGGAAUCCGACCUGUUAGCUUUUGCUGAGCGGGAGCAGAAGGCCUCGAACGAGGACAAAAUCUCCAGAAGGCACUCGGAGUCGGGAUUAGAAUUAUUCAGCAAGCUGAAGGAGACAGACUCCUCUCCCGCAAAGAAGCGGAACAGGAUCUACAGGAAGGAGCUUGCCUUAGCUUUUCUCCUCCUCACGGCUUCAGCAAGGAGCCUCUUAUCGGCCCAUGGCGUCCACUUCUAUUUCUUGCUGUUCCAAGGCCUGUCUUUCCUAGUGAUGGGCUUGGACUUGAUCGGCGAGCAGCAUAACUGAAGAAGACGUAUGCUUCUCGGUAUUCUGGGGGUUCCUGGACUAAUUAUUUUACAUAUUUUGUAAUGUAACAAUUUGCUUUUGGGAGCAUAGCAGAAAGAUAACAGUUUAUAAUUGGAUUUGUUGUAGUAGGAUCACAUAAUAAUGUCAGUUUUGUUUGAAACAGCAAGAGUUAUAUCAAUGUAAAAACAAGAAAGAAUCGAAGAUAUCGUUUUUAUACUCUUUUUCA